AACCCAACAAAAUACUACAAACAUACAUACAAACCUCUCCCUCUCUCUCUAUAUAUCUAUCCUCUAACCAAAACCAAGUUCUCAUCACUUAGAAAACAAACAAAUUAAAGGAGGGGAAAAAAAAAAUCCAACUCUAACAUGUCAGCCCUUGAUCACUCCUUCCCUCCAUCAGAACCCCUUAAGAAAAAGCGCCGCCCUGCCGGCACACCGGACCCGGACGCCGAGGUCGUGUCCCUCUCCCCGAAAACCCUCCUCGAAUCGGGCCGCUACGUCUGCGACAUCUGCAACCAAGGAUUCCAGCGCGACCAGAACCUGCAGAUGCAUCGCAGGAGACACAAGGUGCCGUGGAAAUUGCUUAAACGUGAGCCAGUUGGCGAGGUCAAGAAGAGGGUGUUCGUUUGCCCGGAGCCGAGCUGUCUGCAUCAUGAUCCGAGUCAUGCUCUGGGGGAUUUGGUCGGGAUCAAGAAGCAUUACAGGAGGAAGCAUAGCGAUCGGAGGCAGUGGGUCUGCGAUAAAUGUGGGAAAGGGUACGCGGUUCAGUCGGAUUUCAAGGCUCACGUUAAGACUUGUGGGACUCGCGGGCAUACUUGUGAUUGUGGCAAGGUUUUCUCAAGGGUGGAGAGCUUCAUCGAACACCAAGACACCUGCAACACAAAUCAACGCCAACUCCAGCCCCAACCCCAAAUCCCUCAUCAAUCCCUCUCCCUCUCUCAAACAACAACAAGCCCAAGCCCAAGCCCAUCAACAGACACAGCCUGGUCCUCAUUACUUCGCCCCAACUUCGAGCUCCAACUCCUCCCACCUUCACCUCCUCAGCCGACAACCACAACAAACUCCAACAGCACAUCAUCCGACGACGAGACCCAAAUAGCCCACUUGAACCUCUCUCUCGGCCCAACCAGCCCAGCAGUCGAAAAGGCGGAGGCCGAUGAAGCCCGUUUGCAUGCCAGGAGGCAAGUGGAGCUCGCGGAGAUGGAGUUAAUGAAUGCCAAAAGAAUACGACAACAAGCACAGGCUGAGCUCGACAAGGCAUUUGUUUUGAGAGAUCAUGCGGCUAAGUCUAUUAAUUCUUUGUUGUUGCAAAUUACUUGUCAGAAUUGCAAGUUGAAGUUGUGGCCCAAGGAAAUGAUACCUGUUGAUGAGAACUCAGUAGCUGGUUCACUGGUGAUCGAAGGCAAUAUGCCUAAUUAAUAAUUAAAUUUGAUUUCUACUUCCUUUUCUUUUUUGUUUAAUGCUUUUAACUUGGGUUCUUGAUUGAUAUUGGUUUAUUUUUGGUGAUGAGGGUUGUUCAAUUUGUAACAUGCAUGAAAUCAUGAUCUUUUUUCAGGUUUUUUUUUAAAGAAGAAUAUAUUGGAGAGAUAACUUCAUUUUA